GCUCAGAGCUCUUCCCCACGCAGAAUGCCUGCUCGUCCGAGGGCUCGGCUUCCAUUGUCUGAUUUUCUCACCGUGGCUGGGGAAAGGGAAGAUUUCAAGGGCUUCCUUCAGAACUCCCGUUGAAUGCAGCUCUAGCUGCUGAUGGUGUUUCUUGGCUAGCUGCUGUGGUCUGAGGAUCUGCUAUGCGUCUGUGGUUUCUCGGAGCUGCCGGAGAGUCUGAGGUUGGGGGAAUCAGAGUCUUUGGGAUCCGCCCACGAUCUCUGAGCUUCGCCUGCAAUGCUACCUGCGGGGCUGCGAUGCCCGGGACUUGCCAGUGAUCUCUAGAACCUUUCCAGACACCAGAAGGCUCAGACAACUCUGCCUGAGGAUUGGAAUCUAUUUGAGGUCUCUCCUAUCUAGUGGAUCUCACUUGGGCCAGGAGCGCUGUCUGUUAGCUGCUUUUCCUGCUCUCUCUCCUGGGAGACGAAGCCUUGAGCCCGAGAUGGCAGCCACCCUGCUCAUGGCUGGGUCCCAGGCACCGGUGACAUUUGAAGAUAUGGCCAUGUACCUCACCAGGGAAGAAUGGAGACCUCUAGACCCUACACAAAGAGACCUUUACAGGGAUGUUAUGCAGGAGAAUUAUGGAAAUGUUGUCUCAUUAGAUUUUGAAAUCAGGAGUGAGAAUGAUGUAAAUCCAAAGCAAGAGCUUAGUGAAGAUGUAGAAUUUGGGAGUACAUCUGAAAGGCCUGUUGGCAAUACUGAGGAAAGCCCUGAAAGUGAAGAAACCUUUGAAAACAGGGCUAGAACUGAAAGACAAUGGGGAGAUUUAACAGCAGAAGAGUGGGUAAGCUAUCCUCUCCAGCAAGUUACUGAUCUGCUUGUCCACAAAGAAGUCCACACAGGCAUUCGGUAUCAUAUAUGUUCUCACUGUGGAAAGGCUUUCAGUCAGAUCUCGGACCUUAAUCGACAUCAGAAAACCCACACUGGAGAUAGACCCUAUAAGUGUUAUGAAUGUGGAAAGGGUUUCAGUCGAAGCUCACACCUUAUUCAGCAUCAGAGAACACACACUGGGGAAAGACCCUAUGAUUGUAAUGAAUGUGGGAAAAGUUUUGGAAGGAGCUCUCACCUCAUUCAGCACCAGACAAUUCACACUGGAGAAAAGCCUCAUAAAUGUAAUGAGUGUGGAAAAAGUUUCUGCCGGCUCUCUCACCUAAUCCAGCAUCAAAGGACCCACAGUGGGGAGAAACCCUAUGAGUGUGAGGAAUGUGGGAAAAGCUUCAGCCGGAGCUCUCACCUAGCUCAGCAUCAAAGGACACAUACCGGUGAAAAACCUUACGAGUGUAAUGAAUGUGGCAGAGGUUUCAGUGAGAGAUCUGAUCUCAUCAAACAUUAUCGAGUUCAUACUGGUGAGAGGCCCUACAAGUGUGAUGAGUGUGGGAAGAAUUUCAGUCAAAACUCUGACCUUGUGCGCCAUCGCAGAGCCCACACAGGAGAAAAGCCAUAUCACUGUAAUGAGUGUGGGGAGAAUUUUAGCCGCAUCUCACACUUAGUUCAGCACCAGAGAACUCACACUGGGGAAAAGCCAUAUGAAUGUAAUGCUUGUGGGAAAAGCUUUAGCCGGAGCUCUCAUCUCAUAACACACCAGAAAAUUCACACUGGAGAGAAACCCUAUGAGUGCAAUGAGUGUUGGAGAAGCUUUGGUGAAAGAUCAGAUCUAAUUAAACACCAGAGAACCCAUACUGGAGAGAAACCCUAUGAAUGUGUGCAGUGUGGAAAAGGUUUCACCCAAAGCUCCAACCUCAUCACACAUCAACGAGUUCAUACGGGAGAGAAACCUUAUGAAUGUACUGAGUGUGAGAAGAGUUUCAGCCGAAGUUCAGCUCUUAUUAAACAUAAGAGAGUUCACACAGACUAAAUCCUUAUAAGGAUGAUGACUGGGAAAUGAUUCCUUUGAAGGUACAAUUUUAUUUGAUAUCAAAAAACUAUUUUGAAAUUGAGCUGCUUUUACAUACUGAGUUUCCUGGUUGUGUGCCAAGGUUUAAAUCAUCAAAGAAAAGAAGCCAUUUGAAGUUCUAACCCACAGCUUUGGAAAUGGUAUCCCCACUUCUAACAAGUGAUUUUUAUUAUUCAGUAUUGACAAAUUACUUCAUCAAAAUCAACUUGUUUUGUAACUGGAAAUCUGAAGACCGGGCAAUAAAUGCUAAUAAAUGCUCUGGCUAGAAAUGAAGUAAACCCUUCAAAAUUGUUUCUCUCAUCCUUGCCCAAAGAACUUUCCUAGGGAAAUUGUUCAAAUGUAAUAGGAUGGUCAAAGCUGUUUUCCAGAGACUUCCUGAAUUGCUACACCUAUUCACUCUCUAUAGUACUGGGUGCAUACAUCUCCUUCAGAGAGCUUUUUCCUUGAAAUGCUCAUGCACCUGUAUCUUUAUAUCUUUCUGAGAGCAGGAGUCUGCACAGUGAAGGCAAUGAUCAUAACUUUUCUCAUUGUUUCUAAUUACACUUUUAAUGCUUGAAUCUUUGUAAAAGCUAUCUGAAGACACAAAUUGGAUGGAAAAAUGAGACACAGGCUCGGGGACCAUGGACUCAUCAACAAGAUGAUCAUCUCUUUAGCAAGAGAUGCCCACUGUAUUAAUUGAAAGUUAUUGAUUUUCUUUGGAGAUUACUGUAGGGAAGUAACUCCAAGGAAUGAUAGGACCAUAAGUGAUAGUAGAGUGUAAGAAGUGAGUGAAAUUGACCACUCAGGGAAGGAAGCUCAGAGUCCCUUCCCAAGGAAAACGGGUCAUUUCGGUGUUAUUUCCCCUUACCUGUUGCAAAGACCAGUUCUCCCUAUACUGCUAACUCUAGGAUUUGAUAAGGGCCACAUCCCAGUGUUUAUCUUAGCUUCCAUAAGAGCAUGUGUAUGUACAGUAAAAUGUGUAUUCCUGUGGCUUUUCUAAUAGGUAUUGAAUUCACACUCAAUUAGCAUGUUCCUGGUUGAUGUUGAUCAUGUGACAAUUAUAGACAUAACUCCAAUGGGAGUAAUGUCAUUUUUUUCAUUCUUUAUGGAAAAAAAACAACACUAGUGUACGCUCUCCUUUAAGAUCUGUCUUUAUACAAAACUACAUGUUUAUUGUAUCAGUCAAUUGUGGGAGAUAAUGUCUGGACAAAUAGUUUGAUUGUCCUGUUCUCAGACUGAAUUAUCUUCUUUUUGCCUAGCCACAAGGAAUUAAUAAACCUAAAUAGGAAUGUAUUUCCAUCUUCCAGCCUACAAUAAGAGGUGACCCAAUUUAAGCUCAAUAGUGUCAAUUCUUUUUCUCUUAACCUAAAUUAAGACAUACCCCAAAUUGUUUUGUUUAAGAGUGUGGGCGUAGAGUGGGAGGGAAUUUAUGCCCAGGAAAUGGGAUUGGAGUAAGAAUUUUUGAGAGUAUCUCAAGUUAUUUCUACUGUACUUUAUUGUGACAGUUGUAACAUUUAAAAAGUACUUGUGCUAUAGCUCUUUUGGAUUUAGUAUUAUGGGAACCAGUGAUCUCUCCUGGUGCACUAUAAUACUUGUGAUCCACAACUAUGUGGGACUUCAUCCUUUACAAAUGAUACAACCUCAGAAGUUACAAAAUGAAAAAAUCAUUCCACUAAGGAGAUUUUUCUGUGUUGCCACUCCUACUUAAAAACAAACAAGCAGGGAGCAUAUUUUUUCUUUCCAUAUGAAAUCUAGAAGAUUAUGAAUAUUCAUAUUUUAAUUGUUGAAGUUUCAAGUUCUCGGUAACUAAACUCAAAACAUUACUUUUCCUGCAUCAGUGUUGUUGCUGAUGGUUUUAAUGAAUAUCAGAUUUCUUCUUUCUCCCUCAUCCCCUGUGAGACAUCUGCUUUGGCGUGGCCAUAGAAGACUGUAUCUCUGUGACGUAACUACAUUCCUCCCUGUCUUUUUUUCCCUAUUCUCCUGCCCCACCCCCAACGUGUUUCUGCUGCUUCUUUUUGGCUCCUAAGUGCUCCAGCUAUGUUUAUUUACAUGUACACUCCACUGGGAAAUUGAAAGGGCAAGCACCGGACCAGCUCUUUAUUUUCUCUGCCAACUGCUGCCCAUUGGCUGUGUUGAACUUUGUGUAGAAGUUGUGCAUUAGACUCUCUCGCUAAUGGAUUGUGCAUGCCCUUUACUUCCAAGUUUUUGGCUGCUUCUGCACAAUACCCUUAACACUUUGUGCCUGUUUUCUAUGGUUGUAGAGAGUGAGUGAACAAGUAAGUGCAUCAAGCAGUUUUCCUUAUUAUCUUGGUCACAAUCAUAGUGUCUAUCUCCAUCUGUAUUAAUCUAACUAUAUUCUACAAUUAAAAGCAUACUUUCAAAAGCAAAAAACUGGGAAUUAUUUAGUAAUCCACCACCAAUUCAUAAAGUGACUUUUCUUCAGAUUCAUUAAAAUUGAGCAUAAUUGUAAAAACUUUGAUGUACUUGUUCAGGAUGUUGUUCACACAUUGAUGAGUACUCUAAGUAUAGCCUUAUUUGAAAACGAUGCAGAAACUUGGUCACUUUUCCGUGAAAAUUAGGCUGGUGGCAAAGCAAUAGAAAUAUAAACGACAUAUAGUAGUGAAUACCUUUGAAAAAGAGAAAAAUGAGAGAAACUUUUGUGCUUUAAAGAGAGAUUUUUGGGUAUCUGUUAAGAAUGCUAAAAUAAUUUCUACUGAACCUGUGUUGGGAUUCCAAAACAGAAUCUUUUUCUCUUAGAAUAGAGGACUAUAUUAAUUCCACAGCUGCCAAAGGCUGUGCAAUUACCCUGGCGUGGUUACAAUUUUCAUAUUCGAUUUGCUCAAGUGGGCACCAGUAAUGUCUCCAUUGUGAGAUUUGUUACUGUUUUUGGCAUAUCGAAAUAUGCCAUGGGUAGCUUGCCAGGCUCUGCUGUGCAGGCAAGAUAUCCUCAGUAGCUUGCCAGGCUCUCCAAGAGGGACGGAGGAAUCGAACCCAGGUUGGCCACGUGCAAGGCAAACACCUUACCCACUGUGCUAUCACUCCAGUCCUAUGUUUAUAUUUAUAUUUAUACAAUGAUAUUAAUGUAGUCAAUACUACCCAACUUUAUACUUAAAACAUUAAAAGGGUAAAGUUUUAUGUGUGCUUUUAAUUAUAGGUAAAAAGAAUGAAAUAACAAUAAAAUGUCUUUUAUAUCUAG